GCAGCCGUCGUUGCCGUUGCCGUUGCCUUUGCCGUUGUCGUUGUCGUAGCCGCUACCAGGUGCGGUGUUCGGUAUUUUCGUACCCAGAGCAUUUUGCAGAACUGUUUAACAUCAGUCUUUAGUGAUAGCUCGCGCUUCUUGCUCGCACGCUCGAAUCGCAUGUCGCACGCUCGCACGCUGCGUCGUCGGCUUUUUACAGAAACACCAGAAAGAAACGAUUGCAAAUUGUAACGUGCGUUCAUCGAUCGAUACUUCGAUUACUCUCGCAUAUCGUCUAUCGUAUAUCGGCUAUCGUUUAUCGGCAUACAAUCCCCCGCCCAAAGUAUGCAAAGUGACCCAAUAACAACUCAAUUCACAGUUCACAAGUUAAUCUAGAGUGCUAUAUUGCCGCAAGUGCUAUACUUUUCACACCUCUCUCACACACACAUACACACACGCGCGCACACACACACAUGAGAGGCAUAAAAAAGAAAACAGAGGCGCGCGCUUGUUCGCCAUUUGCCCAACUCAAGUCCAAGUGCCUUUUCACCACAUAAAGGUGUGGCCUAAAGUCAAACAACAACAACAACAACAACAACACGACAACAAAUGCAUCUUGAGAGUCAACUGAACAACAAGUCAACUAAAACUCAUCUUUCACUAUGUUCUAUAUAAAUUAGACGGCAGCAAAUUGAAUAAACACACACACAUACUCGUGCAGAGAGUGUGUUAUAUACACACACUCGCACACACUCGUAAAUACAGGGAGCGUAAUGAGCGCGUGUUUGUGUCGUUUAUAGAGUUUCAGCUACGGUAUAUAAUGCAUGUAUAUCAAUGUACAUAUUGCUGAGCUCCACGCUCGUCUAAAGUUCUAAAAGUCAAGUGCAAUUUAGCAACGACAAGCAACAACAACAACAACAACAACAACAAAUGCUAAAAUACUGUACGCUCAAGUGACGUUUUAUUGGCGCAAGGUGAAAAAAAAAAUAGUAAUAAUAAAACUAAAAUAAAAAUAGAAAUAAACGAGCGAGGAGAGUUUACAAUGUGCACACAUAACAAACAAACUUAAAUGAUUUUUCGAACCAAAAAAAAGCAGCAACAGCAACAACAACAAACAACAAUAAUAUAGGAAAUAUAACAAAAAAGAUAACAAACUGCAGCCUCAGUGCACUAUGAAAAUUUGUAACUGAAACACGUGAAAAAUCGAGAGACGGAAAGCCGUACGGAAUCUCUAUUCAAAUUUGGAUUAAACAAAGUAAUUUCAACUCUCUGGCUUUUUUUUUUUUUUGGCUUUUGCGGGCAGUUCAAAGGCGUUGAUAAGCACACACACACAGACACGUCCUGAGCGCACAGGCUGAGCGCAUUAGCAGCUACCAUGAUGAAUCAGGAUAAUCCGUAUGCGAUGAAUCAGACGUGCAAAGUCUGUGGCGAGCCGGCAGCUGGAUUUCAUUUUGGGGCAUUCACAUGCGAGGGAUGUAAGUCCUUCUUCGGCCGCUCGUACAACAAUCUGUCCUCCAUAUCGGACUGCAAGAACAACGGCGAGUGCAUCAUCAACAAAAAGAACCGCACGGCCUGCAAGGCGUGCCGCCUGAAGAAGUGCCUCAUGGUGGGCAUGUCGAAGAGCGGCUCGCGCUAUGGCCGCCGCUCCAAUUGGUUCAAGAUCCACUGCCUGCUGCAGGAGCAGCAGCAGCAGGCGGUGGCUGCCAUGGCGGCACACCACAACAGCCAGCAGGCGGGCGCGGCGGGCAACGCGGCCAUCGGUGGCGCCUCCAAUGGCUGUGUGAAGCCGGGCGGGCCGGCGUCCUCGGCAGCGGCUGCGGCGCUCGGCAUGCUGGGGCAUGCGACGGGCGGCUAUCCGGGCCUGUAUGCAACGGGUCCGCCGCGCAGCAAAGAGGAGCUGAUGAUGCUUGGCCUGGAUGCCAGCGGCGACUAUGGCGGCAUCAAGCAUCCAGCGCUGGUCGCCUCGCCGUCGGUCAGCUCGCCGGACUCCCACAACUCGGACAGCUCCGUGGAGGUGAGCAGCGUGCGCGGCAACUCGCUGCUGCAGCUGCAGGGCGCGGGCAAGCAGAGCGCCGGCGGCGAUGCCAGCCAAGCGACGCAGGGCGGCACAGCGCCCGGGCGACCGCCACAGCUGCGCAAGGAGCUGGCGCCGUUUUUGCCAUUGCCGUUCCCGGGUCUCGGCUCGAUGCCCGUGAUGCCACCGCCCGCAUUUCUGCCGCCCUCACAUCUGCUCUUUCCCGGCUACCAUCCUGCGCUCUACUCCCAUCACCAGGGCCUGCUGAAGCCCACGCCCGAGCAGCAGCAGGCGGCGGUGGCUGCUGCGGCGGUGCAGCACUUGUUCAACUCGAGCAAUGCGAGCGGGCAGCGCUUUGCGCCCCAGCUGCACGCCUCGUCGCCCUUUGGCCACGCCGGCCUCAAAGAGGAGUCCGCUCUCAGUCCCAACCACAGCAGCAGCAACAACAACAACAACAACAACAAUAACAACAACAAUUUACUGCCCAAUGGCAGCAGAACAGCGACGAGUGCUGCGGACGAGCUGACGAAACGCUUCUACCUGGAUGCAGUGCUCAAGUCGCAGCAGCACAGUCCGCCUCCGCUGGCGACGAAGCUGCCGCCGCACAGCAAGCAGGACUACUCCAUAUCGGCGCUGGUCACGCCCAACUCGGAGAGCGGGCGGGAGCGCGGGAAGAGCAGGCAAAGCAACGGCGAAGCGGACGAGGAGGAGCGCGGCACGGGCAGAAGCAGCGACAAGGCGGCCGACGAGGAACUGGAACUGGAACUGGAGCCGGAGGACGAGGAAGAGGAUGAGGAGGACCUGGUGGUAUCCAUGACGCCGCCACGUUCGCCAGCCCAGCAGCAGUCGGAGCAACUGGCGGAAGGGCAAGCCGCAGCGCAGGACAAUCCCAUUGACUUGAGCAUGAAGACCACGGGCAGCUCCGGCUCCAGCUCCCGGAGUUGCAGCAGUAUUAAGAGCAGCUGCGCGCAGCUCGAUGCAGCGAACUGCAGCGAUAAUGAGCCAGCUGCUGAGAGGGAGCCAUCUGCGGAUGGGGUACUCCAAGCCAGAGCCCUCGACGAGGAGGACGCCGAGGAGCGGGAGUCCACGCAAGCUGAGCUCGAGGAUAACAGCACCACGGAGACGGUCAAGACCAGCAUAGAGCAAACCCAAAACAUGAACAACAACAACAACAACAAUAACAAUACUAACAAUAACAACAACAACAAUAGCAACACCAGUGAUAAUGAGGCCAACGAUUGCAUCAAACGCAAGCUGAACGAGCUGCUCCAGGAGUCGAACGGCUCGAAGCGUUUGCGCCUGAGCUCCCCACCCGCAGCCGAAUUGCCCGUGAAGUUGGCCACCUCGACGGCCCUCGAUUUAACCAACAAGGUUUGAUCGAUAAGCGCGCAAAGUUAGACAAAAUGGCGACAGUUUGCCGCUAGACGUAACACUAUGCAACAAAAUAUGGGCGCGAAUAUAGAAGAGAUUUCCAUUGAAGUUAAAAUUUAAAUUUCACUGAGUUAAUUUAAAAUUUCUGUUUAAACUUUACAUUUUUUAUAAUAUAUAUAUAUAUUUAGUUCAAUUAUUUUUAGUAUAUUUCAGUUUAUUUUAUCAUACAGUGGACCCAAAAACCAAAUUUAUAUUAAUAAAUUAAAAAAAAAAAUUAAUAAAAUUGUUGUUAACAAGUAUUUAAAUACUUUUUUUUCUAAAUUCAGCUCAAUUAACUCAUAAAAUAAUUGAGAUAUUUAAUUCAUAAGAGAAAUCUCAAAUGUUGAGCAAAACAUUUGUUGCAUAGUGUUAUCUAAAUUAUGUAUAAAAUGUACCAUUGACCACCUUCACCUUCCUCUCCUACAACCUCUUCCACUUCAAACCCGCCAGCCAAAUACAACAACAACAACAACAACAACAAUUAAGAAAUCUCGCGUUCAAUGUUAAGUUAAAGGUUCGAGCCGUUUGUUAUUGUUUUUAUUUGUAUUUUAAUUUUUAUUCGCUUUUGAAGAUGUUAUCACAUCGUUUAAAACAACUAACGAAAUGGCAAGAAUUGUGAACAAAUUAGCAUAUGUUCGAUCUGAAAAGAAGUAUAACAAACGGCGCGAGUCGAGUUCUUAAUUAGAUGCAACGCAUUAACAAAGAAGAAGAAGAAGAAGCACAACAAAUUUGAAAUGUUGCGCGUAUUUCGGAACGAUGACGAUGACGAGGAAUGAAAUCGUAUCGAAUCGAAACGAGAUCAGCCCAAGUUGUUGCAAAAUUAUGCAAAAAAAAAAAAAAAAAAAAAAAAAAAAACACACACACACACAAAUAAAAUAAAAUAAAAAGACAAUCUGUAUCGUUUGCAUAAUGAAUAGUGGAAUUUGUUAAUCUAUAAGCCAAGUUUUUAGUUAUAUUUCUAGCAUAAUAUAGUUAUAAUACAAAUAUAUAUAUGUAUACACCUAUAAUAUGAAUACCUAAAAUUUCUU